AUGUCGUUUCCGCAACCUACCCCCAUGCGACCAGUCCCCGGCGCGUUUCUUAACACACCUGCGAUAGUACGAUCUACAUCAACUGGUAACGAUCCUGUGAGGCGUCGGUUAUUCCCAGAUGCGAGCUCUGCUGGCGCUCCAACGGGCCCUCUCGCUACGGGAGGGCCAGCCCCUACCGCGUCUCAUGGCACCUCGGCAGGACUACCCCUUCCCCGAUCCUCAGUCGAUCCCUUGGUCAAGCUACCUCCAGUGAGCCAAACCUCACCAGUCGCGAAAGCCGCGAGGGCCAUCAAUAUGGUGCUCCAGUCCGACGGGAGCUUCCCAGAUCUCGACUCCUACCUUAGACCUGGCGCUUCCUCUGACUACGAUAUCUCUUCUGUUGAUUCUCCCGCGGCUCCUUUCCAGAAAGCCCAAACUUAUCCGAUUCCUAACCAAGUCUUCGACCAUAUCAAUGCCGGCCAGCUCCAAACACUCAUGGGUCUCUUUGCCGAGUUAAACCAUGCUUGGGUAGUCAUCGACAACAGCUUGUUCUUGUGGGACUACACUCAGCCCGAUCCUGAACUGAUUGGAUUCGAGGAUCAACCCCACAGCAUCCACGCGGUUGCUUUGGUCCCACCAAAGCCUGGCAUUUUCGUCAGCACCAUUACUCACAUCCUUGUCGUGGCUACGACCUCCGAGUUAAUCCUCCUCGGUGUCGCCGCCGAGACUACUCCCAAGGGUACGCGCAGCGUAUCACUCUACCAGACGAAAAUGGUCCUACCUAUCCGUGGUGCAGAUGUCAGCCAUAUCGCGGGAUCUGCAAGCGGCCGCAUUUUCUUCGGUGGAACUAGCGACACUGAUGUUUACGAACUAUACUACCAGCAGGAGGAAAAGUGGUUCUCCAACCGCUGCGGCAAGAUAAAUCAUACCAACCCUGGUUGGACUUCCGUUGUCUCGCUACAAAGCCACUUUUGGUCGGCUAAGGAGCCGGAACAUUUGAUCAGCAUUGUAGUUGAUGACUCCCGGAGUCUGCUGUACACCCUCUCCUCGCGUUCGACGAUCCGGACAUACCACAUGGAGGCGCCUAAUAAGCUCAACAAGGUUAUUGACAAGGAGAAGAACAGUUGCCUGCGGGAAAUCAGCCACAUGAUCAAUUUCUCUCCCUUGCUCAACGACCGGAUGUCUCUCGUUUCUAUCAGUCCGAUCUCGUCUCGCGAAGCGGCGAAACUCCAUCUUAUGGCAUUAACCAACACCGGGUGCCGACUUUUCCUGAGCGCCACAAGCUCGGCCGCAUAUACGAUAGGCGCAACUUCUAACGCCGCCCCGCAAAGCAUGCAAGUUCAGUUUAUAAAAUUCCCCCCCUCUGAAAGGCGCGCGUCACAACUCCCUCCCUCCGGUUUGGUCUUGACUGGCGAUUCCAUCACGGAUACUCAGUCCGAGUCUCUGAAGACGAGCCGCACCGGAGUUCGAUACGCUCCCGGUUAUUUCCUGGAUUUCGUGAGCAAAGAAUCUCACCCCAAUGCGGAUCUUCUCUUUGUGUCUGCGCCGGAAACUGCUCGAAUCCGCAACAUUUCCCAAGGUUCGCCUCUUAGAUAUUAUGAGCAAGGAAACUGGAUCGAGCUGGGGAGCCGCGUCGAAGCUGUUGGUAUGGUAACGAAACCAUUUGCGGCAGCGAAACAACCGCUUGGGUUCGGUAACGAACUUGCCGUGCAGUUCGACGAUGCCCCGAGCGAGUUUGCCAUUCUCACCAACUCUGGAGUACACGUGGUGCGACGACGACGUCUGGUCGAUAUCUUUGCCUCCUCGCUCAAGGGUUCUUCUGGUGAUGAGGGUGCUGACAGUAUCGCGCGUAAAUUCAUCAGCCUGUACGGCCGAGUGGAAACGAUUGCCUCUGCUCUUGCUGUCGCUUGUGGGCAUGGGGGUGAUGCGCGACCUGGAGGUACCCGGGCUAACGACUCUGCGACAGAAGGUCGAGCACGCGCCAUCUUCGUCGACUUUGGUGGCCAGCCUACCAUUGCCGAGACAGACGGAGCACCUUUGACGACAGAUUCCGUGAAGCUCUCUUCAAGACAUGACGCCCUCGCACUCUACCUUGGCAGACUGAUCCGGAUGCUAUGGAGGUCACCCGUCAUCUCUGUAGGUGUCGCCCCGGCUGGUGGUGUAGCUGUGAACUCUAUGGUUCCCACCAGCAAGCUUCUCUCUGUCCAGGAUAAUCUGGAGAGGCUAAGGAGGUUCCUCGAUGCCAAUCGAUCCUUUAUCCAGGGCCUUUCGGGCCCCUCGGAUUUGCAGCGCGUGGCGAGUAAGAAGGAGGAGGUUGCUUUGCAAGCCGAACACCAAGCGCUGCAUGCUCUGGAGAAGUUGAUGGAGAGCAUCUCCGAGGGAAUUUCCUUCGUUCUCAUGCUCUUCGAUGAGCGAGUCAGCGACAUCUACACCCGACUUGACGACGAAACCCGCCAGGGACUUAAGGACCUCACUUACGAGAGGCUCUUCUCCACAGCCCCUGGAAAGGACCUCGCAAAGGUGCUAGUCAAGGCUAUUGUUAACCGCAAUAUCGAAAGCGGCUCCAAUGUCGAGACCGUUGCAGAUGCCCUAAGGAGGCGCUGUGGCAGUUUCUGCAGCCCCGAUGAUGUUGUCAUCUUCAAGGCACAGGAGCAGCUCAAGCGAGCGUCGGAGCAGCCCCUUGGCUCAAACGCGGCGCGGGGUCUCCUGCAAGAGAGUUUAAGCCUCUUCGAGAAAGUGGCUGGCAACCUCUCUUAUGGCAAUCUGGUAGUCGCGGUGGAGGAGUACAUCAAGAUGCGCUACUAUGCCGGCGCCAUCAGGCUCUGCCUCAAUGUAGCGCGUGAAAAGGAUCGCGGAAACGCUGCCCUUGCGUGGGUUAACGAUGGGCGACCCGCUAAUGACCAACGCGCUUCGGCGUUCCAGGAGCGAAAACUCUGCUACGAUUUAGUACACAAGGUGUUGCAGAAGCUUGACGGCGAAGCCGGCCAGGAGCCCGACAUGGUGGAUGGGAAACUCACGCUGACGGCAACCAAGAGGCUUGAGGCAUACGAGGUUGUGAAUGGCUCGACUGAUGAGCUGUUCCACUUUGGCCUGUAUCAAUGGUACAUCGACCAAGGCUGGACAGACCGCAUCCUUGCCAUCGAUUCGCCGCACGUUGUCACUUUCCUCGAAGGGUUGGCGAGGGAAAAUGCGGCCCACGCAAAUCUCCUCUGCCGCUUCUAUACCCACCAAGGUCAGUACUACCAAGCUGCGGUAGUCCAGUCUGAGCUGGCGCAGGCGGACCUGCCGAUCAGCAUCAAAGACAGGAUCAAUCUGCUGAGCCUAGCAAAGACGAACGCAAACGUUUCGUCCCCCGGCGUCGCGCGACAGCAGCAACAAGUCCUCAACCACAAGAUUACCGAGCUCCUCGAAAUCGCCCACAUUCAAGAUGAUAUACUCGAGAGGCUAAGGGUCGACCCCCGAAUUGACCCGCAAAGGCUGGUCGAGAUUGAGGAGAAGUUGGACGGCAAGAUUCAGAAUCUGACGGAUCUCUUCAAUGACUACGCCGACCAGGCCGGCUACUAUGACCUUUGCCUACUCAUCUACCAUGCCGCAGACUAUAGGAACCCCACUACUAUCGCCGAAACUUGGACCAAUCUGAUCCAGCUCGAGCAUGACGAGGCUCAAGAGGCCACGGGCGAUGAAAAGCGCCUCCCCUACGAAUCUGUCUCGGUGAAGAUUCAGAACAUUGCGCACCGGACGUCCCUCGACAGCGUCAUAUUCCCUAUCCAUACCCUUCUACCUGAAGUUUGCCGUUACGCUUGCGUAAACGGCCAAGACGCUACCAUCGGAGCCGACCCGACGUGGCCAGUCCAGCUAUUCCUCAGCGUCGGUGUCUCUCAUGACAUGAUCGUGCGUGUACUUGAGCAUGUAUUCGACACGCAGGCCUACGGAUUCACUGGCGUCGCUAGACGUACAAGACUUGUGGAGCUUAUCGCCUACGUGGUGGACUCGUGGGCGAAGGAGAUCAGGAGACGGGGUGCCAGCGCCAAGGGCACGGGCCUAAUGGGUCCGGGCCUCGUGGACUUGCUCGAGAGGUGUGAGAAGGCGCUUCCGGCGCCUCCUGGUGGUAACAACGUUGGAGGCACCGAUCUGCCGGAGCUCAGGAGGAUCAUCCGGACUUUGAAGAGGGAGGUGUCAAGCUUGGUUGAGAGGAUUGCUUCUGGAAGCUUGAGGUUUGCAUAA